GUUAUGGAAGAGGAGAAAGCGGCAGCAUACUACGAGGAGCUGACGCGGAAAGGCGAAGGAGCAGCUCGUUACAAGCAAGGCCUCGGCUUUUCGUCGGGGAACGACGCCGUUCCGGAGAGAGCAUCAGCGAUCGCAUCCUCCUCCUCCUCUUCGUUUCUCAACCAGUUCGUCAAAGCUUCUUCCAACGACUCCGAUAUCCGAUCAAUCAGAGAUAAAUUGAAGAAGAAACCUGAAGAUCAGCAUCGUUCUUCGGAUAGGGGAUACAGAGAUUCGAGCGAACGCCGUCGUUAUAGGAGUAGAGAGAGGGAUGAGAGAGAGAGGCGUAGUAGGUAUACAGAUAGAGAGAGGCGGAGGAGCAGGAGCAGGAGUAGGAGUUGCUCUCCGAGGAGGGAACGAAGGAGGAGCGAAGAUGAUAGAAGAAGAGGAAGGAGGAAAGAAGAUGUUAAGGAGAAUAAGAAGAAGAUUGAUUACUCGCGCUUAGUCAAAGGCUACGAUCAUAUGUCGGUUGCUGAAAAAGUUAAAGCCAAGAUGAAGCUCCAGCUUGAUGAAACUGCUGAGAAAGAUACCAGUAAGGGUGCAGGAUGGGAACGAUUUGAGUUUGACAAAGACGCUCCACUUGAUGAUGAGGAAGUAGAAGAAGGUACCGAUGAUGAUGCAGCCUUAGUCAAACGCAUGGGACAGAGCUUUAGGUUUAAUGCCAUUGAGACAAAAAGGGAAGAGCAACUUAAAGAUGCCCACGAUGAAGCCAUGUUUGGAGCACCCACAGGGCAUACUAUUAUUGGUAACAGCGAGGAUGAUGUUACAGAGACAACUAAGGUGAAGGACACUGAAGGAGAAAACAACAGUGGCGCCGUAAGUCUUGUUAGUGAAAAGGUAAAAGCUCUGUCUUUUCAUUUCUUUUACUCUCUUGAACCAAUCGAUUAUUGGAGGUCCGUUUGCAGUAGGUACAUAAACAUGUGAAAAUCUGAUACUUUGGUUGUAUAGGUGCUUGCAAAACAGCAAGGAUCUUGGCGUGACCGAGCUCGCAAGUCGUGAAUCCCAAUGAAAGUUAAGAAAACACUCUAGUAGUUUGUUGAUGUUGGUCCUUAGGAAUGUUGAUUUUCUUAUUAGAAACUUUGUUGAUGUGAAUAAAGAGAGUUUUUCAAUUCAAAAAAAAAGAAUAAAGAGAGUUUAUUUGAAACUUUGGUACUCCUAUCUUUUUUUUGGUGUGAUUUAUAUGAUCAAGUGGGAA